AUGGGGCUAACGGAGAAGGUGGAAAAACUUGCAGUAAAAGCGAGGUAUUGUCCAGUUCCGGGUGGCUUCAACAGUCGAUGCUAUCAUAGUCGGUUUUGGGAGAGUGCCGUGCGAAAAGAUCGGCUUUUAACGAGUUUGUUGGGAGUGGCAUUGGUUAUCAGCUUUUCGGCUACGGUUUUGGAGUAAGCAUUUUUGGUUUUUGGCAGUGAUCGAUUUCCAGAACCGUCGUUUACGCCGUCGAAGGCGAUGUAUGGCGGAUAAACAUCUCUUUGUUGGUCUACACAGCGUUCAGCGCACUGCUCUUACUUUAUUUGACAACUGCUUUCAUUCUGAAACAGGUCGUUUUGGCAAUGCAAGGGAUUGACAGUGGAAUCAUCGCUAAGGUAAUUUGUCGUUUUGCCUUAUCAGGUAGGGACAAACAACAGAAAAAAACCCAUUAAAAAAUCCAUGUGUAUGUUUUGUCAUUCAAAUUACUCCAUUUGACAAUAAACAGCGGUCGGCCAGAAGUCUGCUAACAAAAACUUUUUCAGCACGAUCCAACGCUCGUUCAAGUCCUGCGAGAAAACCGCGCAGUCUGGGCUGACUCCGGCUUGUCACACCGGGAAAUUCUCACCCGACUUUAUUGUUAUCAACCAUUCGAUACUGAGCUGGAAGAUGUCAUUGAUGCCCCAUUAAGCUCUCGACUCCAAGAUGUUUUGGUAUUUUCAACCCGACGAAUACAUCUUUGGUUGAUGAAGCGAAGGUUUUUACAUAUAAUAAUGUUCAUUUGCUUCUACUCAUUCCUCGCCUUCUUGAUCUACAGUCAAAUCACCGCUUGGGGUGACUUUCUCAACGACUUCACUUACAUGUAGAUGCUUCUUUAGUGCUCACAAUGUCUUUUAAUUGUAUCUAGCGUCAAUUUUCAGAAAUUUCAAGUCUUUCUUUGUUCGUAAAAUUGGGUUUUUUUACGAACUUGCUACACUUACCAAUAUUUUUUUUGUAAAUAAUUGAGUAACAUAAAAGAUUUGUGCGUUUGAACACAAUAAAAGGAUAUUUUUAUGAAUAUUGCGAUAAUCCGAGCGCUUUGAACUGAUUUCAUCAACAAGAAAACAUCCAGCAUUACCGUAAAACACAAGAAAUCCUUUCGUCUUCUUUUUCUCUCAGCCUUUCUCUGUUUCUCUGCGCUCCCCUCUUUUCAUCGCACGUCCUCCGCAAAAAGGAACCCAUUUCUUUUCCGAGGAUCACUUCCCCACCCCACAUAAAUGCGUCCGCAUUUUCUCCAUUCGCUCAAGAGGUGUGAGUCUGUCAAGCAACGGAGAGACGAAAGAACGCAUGGUCGUUCCCGCACACUGCACUCUGUGGAAAGUCCCUGGACCAGCGGCUGAAAGAGUCCACGAUUCGGAUCGUGCAUUUCCUGAUGUCCUCCGGGGCGCUUCACGGAUCCUGCGGGGUUCGAGCGAAGACGGCGACUGGCUAACGAAGCGGGCCAUGAGGUCGAAGGACGGAGCUCGGGUCAGCGUCGAUGAGGGAUUUUCGUCCUGCCAAAGUGACGCUUGA